GCGUUAUACAUGAUUGUGUUCCCCUCUCCUUAACGCCUCGCGCCUACGCGCGCCAUCGCGUCACGCAGUGCUCCGUGCAAUGAAAGUAUGGCGGGCGUCGACUCGCUUUCGUGCCGUCCCCUGAGCGAACGAUAAAAGAAGAGAAGAGAAGGAAGUGGUGUGAUCCGCACGCCGGCUGUUCCACGGAUACCCGGCUCCCUCGAUGCGUCGCGCGUUCUCGCGCGCGAGAGUGCUCCGUUCUGCGUUUUUACCGCGCGCCGUCAGAAGAAGCGUACCCGGGCCGCCCGACGACGAGCCGUGCCGACUCGACGAGGCGACGACGACGACGACGACGACGACCAGCGGCAACGUUAGUUUGCGGCAACAUAAGUGAGGCCAAAUGCGAUAUUUCGUGUCCGCGACGAAGAUACUCCCGAUCAGUAAGGACACGAAGCGCACGCAUUAAAUUUCGAGCACCUACCACAAUCCAUUGACAAUGUCUAACCCAGAGGAAGCUGACACUUGUGUGUCAGACACGCAGGAGACCUACUAUGAAGGUGCCAAUGAAAGCUUCAAAAUUAUCAGCGAGACUCAAAAUGCAAGCUUGAACGAGAGUCAAGAUUUUAAUCUUGUUGUAUCUGAGGGGGAUGACAGCAUGGUGGAACGGAAGAGGAAACAGGAUGAGGAGAAAUCGACCCAGCAGACGGAUCCGCCGCAAAUCUCGGCUGCACCGCGGACGGCUGAUAAUAAUGCAAUAACUACGAAAGAUAAGGAGGCUGAAACUAUUGUAGAUGAAAAAGAAAAGGCUAUUGAAGAGACUGAGGGGAAUGUAUCUAGCGAGCUGUGCGAGUCAGAGAAGAAAGACGAUCUUUUUGACGAGGACGAAGUCAUUCAGGGUACGCCACCUGAGAGUUACUCGCCGUCCAGGAAAAUAGGCAGCGUCGAUGUUGCUAGCCUGAAGCGCAAAACCAAGUCUAUUGACGAGCCACCUACUAAAAUCCUUAGAACGACGUCCGCGGAUGAUGUAAAGAGCAUUAAGAGACAGCUUGAGGAGGAAGAGGAGAGUCGUCAGUCUUGCAACUCUGACGAUUCGUACCAGGACUUGUUCAAAAAUAUUGAUAAAAAUGUUAUAAUAGAGGAGACCCAGGAUCCGACCACCUUGGAGGUCACUCAGAAUUCUCUGAAAUUUCCUACCGAGCACCCAAUGGAAACGACGAACGAAGACAAGACCCAAAAGCGUACCGAGCAGACGAAUCAACAGUGGGACGAGGCCUCUUCCGAGAAACGCCUCGACGUGAAGAAGGACGAGAAUCUGAAGGUUUCCGUAAAACCGAUUGACUCCCACAGCGCAAAUGACAACACCGUUGCCCUUAGAGAUUAUAAUGGAGAUUCCCCAGUGGAAGACAAUCUGUCAGUCGAAACGAAAGGGGACACAAUAGUUAACGAGAAUUUGAAUGCUUCCGCGAAACUGAAUGACACCAACGACAGCACUGUUGUCAAUGUAAAUUUUAAUGGAAGCGAUUCUCAGCUAGAAAAAAAUUUGUCUGUCGAAAUGGAAGAAGGUGUUGCCAUGAGCACUGUGAUAGCCGACGAGAAUCUGGACACUUCCACAAAACUGAGUGACAACGACAGCGCAGUCAAUGUUAAUUCCAAUGGAGAUCAUUCUCAACCGAGAGACGAUCAGUCGAUCGAAACGGCAAGAGUCUCCACAAGCGUUACAACAUCCAAUAAAACAUCUGGAUUUGGAACGUUAGACGAAAUGGAGUCUCUAAAAGAUACAGAGUCGAUUUCCGAGAAAAAUAACGAAACAGAACAAUUGAAUUGUGUCAAGUCCACCGAGAAGAUUGUUGACGACAACGACGAGGAGCUUCCGUCCUCGCAGACGAAAUCGCGAACCAGCGUGGAAUGUAUAUAUGAGAGGUCGAACCGAGCCUCUAGCGACAGCGACAGUAGAUCGAAGCCGCAAGUGGUGCAGAUUGAUGACGAUGGCGAAAAAAUAUUGGAUUCGUCAGCCGAAGUGGUAUACGAUGGUCAAAGUGCGAAAACGAAGGGACGACCUUCGGUCGUUCAGAUCGACGAUUCGCACGAGGACUUGUUAAAGAAGAGUGCCGAGAUCCAGAUUAUGGAAAAAAGCAGUUACGAAAGCAAGAGCAGCAGCUACGAUUUCAGCUACAAGUCCAUAGAGAGCACAAAGGAGACAUCCCUGUCCUCGAAAUUGACGGACAAGCUGGUAAACGGCAGCUCUGAGUCGAAGAAGAGCGACGGCGACGUGACUCUCAGCUUGGACUCGGAUACAUUCUCAACUGACGAGAUAAUUGCUGUGCACGAUGCGAAGAAGAUCGCGAUCAAGGACGUGGACAACAUCGAUCACAUUAGUAUAAGCGACCACGAAACAUCUAACAUGGAAGAGAAGAACAAGUCUGAGCUAAACUAUAAUUCGCUGGUUAAGACCGUGCAGGUAGAGCGAGAGAUCGGUGUAUACUUGAAACUCAAGUGUCUGUUACACGUGGAUGAGAACACCAAGGAGCCCAUGAGCAAGGAACUGACCGCAGUGCACUGCGAACCUAUAAUAAUCGAGUCCAGGCCGAAGAAUGAAGACAGUGGCUCAUUUGCAGAUAUCUCUGACAAGGAGUCACCUGGUUCCAUAAAUAGCAAUAUCCAGCCAUACCCGUUGCCAUCCCGAAUGUCUAUCAUGUCAUCGAUCAGCUCGUCCAGCUCGGCGUCCAGCGCUGCUUCCUUGCAAUCAAGGCUCGCUCGCAAUGCUGGUUUUUUCCCACCAUUGGGCAUGGCAAAACACGCGAAGAAAUCUUCCCAGGACGUUCCGUUGUCAGCGGACAAGUUGAAUGAAACCUACGAUCGUUUGACACGCGAGUGGAAGAAUCACCGCUUGCUUACGACGACGGUUCUGAAUUACACAAACGUGGAACUGGGCAAUACUACGAUAGUUGAUGUGGAGAACGUGAAUAACGAGCGGUUGGACGAUCACUUGGUUAAGACCAAUAUGCGCUCGUCGACGCCGUCAGAUCAGCCCAUAAUAAGUUCAAAGAUGGACGUCACGCCAAAGGGCACGAAAAAGGGCAAAACUUUAAAGAGAUCAAGGAGCAAAUUGACGAGAUCAAAUGGCGAGAAUGGCGCCGACAAUAUUCCAGACAAGUCGACUCCGCACACGGACUCACGGAAAAAGAAUAAGAUAGACAGUACGUUAGACAUAAGCAAGGGCAGUCUUAUCGAACUUUAUCCGAAUUCGAUGCCAUUAAGCUCGCUGAGCUCUGACCUGAUCGGUAAGAAUGUGUUCGCCAAAUGGUCAGACAAAAAUUACUAUCCCGGUACGGUGAGCAGUCAGUCGAAAGACAAGUAUAAGGUAGACUUUUAUGACGGUGAGACCAAGCUGCUCAUACCCGAAUUUGUGAUACCGAUACCAAAGACUCUGAGGGAGGGCUUGUCCGUCUACGCGACCACGAAAACUGACGAUUACCGUUCCUGUGGUAUUAUCGUCGACGUUCAAACUAGCGAUGUGCACGAUACAUACUACAUGGUGGAAACCGAUGAGGGCGAACAGUUGCGCGUACAAUUGUCGGACAUAUCCUUGUCUGCCGAUCAGGCGCAGGUGCUCAAGGAGGAGAUGGACUCUGCGGACAAGAACUCCUUGCCGAGCACGCCGAAGGCGCUCGGUCAAGUGACCUUGGACAACGUAGUUGAUGGCAAGCGACGUUCCAAGAGACUCGGCACGCCACUCUGUUCGACCCCCAAGUCCAGGAGCGCCGCUACCGCGAUAGCUGGGACAAACACUUCGAUUAUAAUAACCAAAUCCGAGCCUUCAGUAUCCGGUAUAUCCACUAAGCUAAAGAAGGAGAAGAGCGCGUUGUCGGAGAAUGACGGCAUUUCGAGCGACUCAAACGUCGAACCGAUUCAAGACGAGUAUGCUUUAAGAGGUGUGCAGAGGGAGAUAAUCGGCACGCCGUACGACCAGAUAAACGCGAAAGGACCACAGAAUAGAAUCAAAAGCAAACCACGUAGCAAGAAGAAGCUAGAAGAUGAUCCACAAAUGAUUCAGGAUCUCGGACCAAUUCCGAACUCCAAGAUCUUCAAGGGCAUGUCAUUUAUUUUUACUUGCGCAACCGUAAAGACACUGGACAGGUUUUUGAGCGCGAAGAGUGCUGCGUCAAGCGCAGAUGAGGCUACAGAAACGGACUGCGAGACCGAGAACGAAGAGGAGUGGGAUGGAACACCUUUCGUACGCGACAGGCUGUAUAAGCAGAUCGAAGAGGGUGGUGGGAAGAUCUAUCUGCCAAAUAUAGAUGAUGUAAAAGAAUUUUCACAGAUACCGAAAAAUGAAUACAAGAACAUAACGCUUGUCACAAAUGUACCAAACACCACGGCAAAGAAUAUAUUAUGUCUGUCGGCCGGCAUCCCUGUGUGCAAUCACAAGUGGAUCAUCAGAUGCUGCACAGAGGGAAAGAUCGUAAACGCGGCGGAACAUGCUCUGCCAAACGGCUGGAGUUUACAGAAAAAAGUCUAUAUAGAAGCGUUUCAGACGCAGAGCAGAAAAAAACCCUUAUCAGAAAUGGUUGUAAUAAUUCCUAGUGUGGCGUUUGAGAAAGAAUAUGUUACAUUCUGGCGACAAGUUUGCGAGAACGCGGGCGCGGUUGUUUUAAUCGCGGAGGACUCAGGGGCCAUGGAAACGAUGGAUUUUGACAGUGAUAAUGCAGUGGUCCUGUCUAAUCGGAAAUGCCCGUCGUGGGCACUAAAGAGGGCGACUGAGCUACGAAUUCCAAUACUAGCUACCACGUGGGUGGUUCAGUGUAUAAUCGAGGGCAAACUCUGCCCGCGGGACCAGCAUCCGCGUUAUAGAUAUAAUUAUACGCCAAACUAGGGGAGCUUUCGUUAAUUAGAAAGCCAUUGUUUUUACAAUCGUGAGUACGUCGCCUACGAUCAGUGUUGUUACUGAAAUAUAGAGUAUAUAUUUUAUUUUGUUUUUCAAACUUUCCCAUUUUUUGGCCUUUUACGUUGUCUUGCAUAAGGCGUAAGAGAGAAGAAUAAUUUUAUAAUCGUGAAUCUCGAAAUUUUUAAUUUUAUUGUUUUUUUUCUAACAUUUUUAAUAUACUAGCAUUAUGUAACGUGUCGACACGUUUCUAUCAUAUUUUCCGAUAAAUCUUCGAGUUAUCUUUCUUCCUUUACGUCUGUACAUUUGAUGUAAUGACUGAUGUUCGAAUUCACGCAUUUUGAUGAGGCGAUUUAUCUUCGCGUGGUCGCUACAUGUAAGCAAUUAUCUUUCUCCACGAAUUUUCGAUUUAAAACAAUAAGCUUUUUUUAGGCAGGGUUAGGUCUACAAUAUGUGGAGUAAGCUUGGCGUAAGAAGUAGGUGUAAAACUACGUAUUUCCGGUGUAAAGAGCUGGAGUAAGGUUAUCAACGAAUAAAUUCAUUUUAUUUUUUACUCCAAUUUCAGUCUUCACUCUUACUUCAUAUAUUGUAAACGGCUUACAUGUUGCUUCUUGCGUGAAGACACGUAUAUAGUGAUUUAUACUUUUGUAAGAUUUUAUAUAAAAAUGGACGUGUGCGGGUACCGUCAAUAUUAAACAUGGACGUGAAUCGUUAUCAUAUGUAAAGUGGUAUCUUCAAGAGAUCGUACAUUUUUUACGAUAAUUCGAUCAUGAUCGUAUCGCGACGAAUCGCGCUUAUACCUCGAUCAGAAAUGCGGUAUUAAUUUCAGUCAACGCGGCCAAAGAAACGACGAGAUUUCAUAUCAGUAAAAUAAUUUUUACUCCUUUUCCUUCCUAUCGAUUUUUUAAUAAACGGGCACAUCUACUGUAAUCGUCUGUCAUCAUAGAUCUAUAACCGAUUGUAACAUUGAGGUACCUGUUUUCUCAUCAUGUAGAAUUACAUCAGAAGUCGGAAACAACGUGAUUUUUUUUUCCUUACAUUCUGGAUUAAUAAAUUCGAGAUAAAUUAAUUUUUUCGCACUUAUUCGAUAUAUUUGCUUUUUUUGGAAAUAUACAAAAUAUUUUUGCAUGCAAUAAACAAAUUGUACAUGAAAAUACGAAUUUAUUUCAAUGUAGAAUCAGCGUACCAGUCACUGAAUGAUAAAUAACAGUUUUAGAAAGAUAUUAAAAUAACAAGACUCGAAAUGAUUUACAAAUUAGUUGAUAGUUGAUUUUAGAUCUGAUUUGUACAAUUUUUAUAUUUGAUUAAAUUUUUUUUACUUGAAAAUGUAAUUUAUUAAGUUGUUUUAAUUUAUACAUUGACUGAUUCAAUUUCUUACUCAUUGAUUGGCGCAUUGAUUCUAUAUACAAAGUUCACACAGUUUCCAGCUUUUGAUCUGUCAUAAUUCGUUACGUACAAGGGAGAAAAUAAGAGCCUUAAAAGAAUAUUUUUAUGAAAGACAAAGAAUAAGUACCUUGAUGGACGACAACGCGAUUGACGUUAAUGUAAUACAAUUGGCAAAAAUUCAAGUUUUGAUUAAAUUACUGAGUAGAUGUAUGCUUUUGUACGUGCGUAUGUGCGCAAAGACGCAAUGUAUAUAAGUAAAUAUAUAUUAUACAAAUUUUAUUAUUAUAUAUAUUAUAGCUAUAUUAUGUACAAUAAUGACCAGGGAUAAAAUAUAAUGACAUAUUUUGGCAAA